AUGCCUGAAACUGGUGCAAUAAAAGCUGCCGUGACACCAGUUCAUGGACCAGCUUAUAAAGUCUAUAAGACUCGGUUUUAUGUUCUAUUUGUCUUUUCAUUUCUUGCUUUCAAUCAAUGUAUCAUGUGGUUAACAUUUUCUCCAAUAGCAAGAAACACAGAAAUUUAUUAUAACAUAACUGACUCAACGAUUGAUCUUCUUCUCAAUUGGGGACCUAUAAUUUUCAUUCCAUGUUUACCUUUAACUUCAGUAUUAGUAAACAGGCCUGAUGGAUUGCGGCAUUGUGUAAUUUUAUUGGCAAUUACUGAUUUUCUAGGAGCACUUUCUCGUGUUAUUCCAUCCGUUAUUCUAUCGGCAUCAAAUCCAAAAUUCAAUAAGGUUGCAUUACCAUUCAUACAUGUUGGCCAAAUAUUAAAUGCAGCUUGCGGUCCUUUAGUAAUGGCACCAGUUUCACAGCUGUCAUGUCUUUGGUUUGCUCCACACGAACGAACACGUGCAACAACAAUUGCUAUAUUUGCAAAUAAUUUCGGUGCAACGAUUGGUUUUGUGCUUAGUCCAUUUAUUGUUGCGUUACCUGAACACGUGCCGCGUCUUCUCUAUGUUCAUUUAGGUCUUGCAUUUGUUGCUUGUGUUCUUGCACUUCUUUAUUUUCCUCCGAAACCACCGUCGGCACCGUCAGCUGCUGCUGAAUUGCUUGUUUCUAAUUCUACGUCGACAGAACAUAAUCAUGAUUGGCGAAAGAUUUUAGUAGAUAUUUGGAAAUGUCUAACAACGCCGGCAUUUUUACUUCUUUCAUUAGCAGGUGGUCUUCUUAAUGGAACAUUUGGGGCAUGGACAAGUCUUUAUGAUAUUAUUCUUAAACCAGAAAACUAUACCGAAGCACAAGCAGGUUGGUUUGGUUUCGGCUCCUCGAUAGCUGGAAUUGUCGGUGGUCUUAUUUUAAGUACUAUUGCUGAUCGACGUCGUUUUCAGCAUGCACUGAAGACUUUUAUUCUUCUAUCAUUGAUUGGUUGUCUGUGUGGUAUCGUUUGGUUUGAACUUUGUGUUCAUAGUUUAUUUUAUGAUAAACAUAUUCUUUCAUCCACUGCUCUUACAAUUGGAUUAUCAACUGCAUUAGCUGGUCUAUUUUCAGGUGCUGCAACACCAUUGAUCUAUGAAGCACUUGCUGAAAUAAUGUUUCCUCUUCCUGAAUCAUUGUCAGCAUCCAUUCUUGUUCAAUGGAUAAAUAUUGUUUCGCUUGUUUUUCUAUUUGUCGCACCAAAUCGAGAUAAGUUAGUGAAUUUUCUUGUAUUAGUUGUUGGAGUCAGCUGUAUUAUAAUGGUUGUGUUAACUCGAUUUACCUAUAGAAGACGUGAUGAAGAUGAAAGGCAACGUGUUGAAAAAGAACAAAAUCAAGCUGCAAAAGAAAUUAACACAGAUCAUCUUAUCAAUGAUACUAUUAAUGAACAAUCGUAUGGAACAUUUGAUUAG